AUGAAGCGCCUUUCGACCCUCUUCGCGGUGCUGCGCUUAGCAGACUGGACAUGGGCGGUCGCGCAGAACCCGUGCUCGCCCGACGCCUUCAGAUUCCCCGUGGAGCUCGAGGGCGCUGACCUUGUCAGCUUUGCGGCGGAUGAGGUCAAGGACUUGGAGUACAGCGCGAGGACGCCCGAGGGCCGAGCAGCCAUCCCGUCGUCGGGCGGCGUCAGCUUCUGCAACGUCACGGUCACGUACGUCCACACGGGCUUUGACGACGCGACGCGGGUGCAGGUGUGGCUGCCGCCCGCGGAGAGCUGGAACGAGCGGUUCGUGGGUGUCGGCGGCGGGGGCUACUCGGCCGGGCAGUUUGGCAGCGAGCAAGUUGUCGCGACGUUGGCGCGGGGUUAUGCAGCGGGCGCGACAGACGCCGGACAUAGCGACAAGGCAUGGCAGGAGGCACCAUGGGCGCUGAAGGACGACGGCACGAUCAACGAGCGGCUGAUGGUCAACUUUGCCCAUGUCUCGGUGCAUGACAUGACGGUCAUCGCCAAGUCCGUCGUGGAACAGUACUACUCGAGGGCGCCCAAGUAUUCGUAUUGGAACGGGUGCUCGACGGGCGGUAGGCAGGGCUUCAUGGAAGCGCAGCGGUACCCGGGUGACUACAAUGGCAUCUACGCCGGGGCGCCGGCCAUCAACCAGCCAAGCCUAAUCAUGAGCACGUACUGGCCACAGUUCGUGAUGAACCAGAAGAAGUUUUACCCGCACGUGUGCGAGCUCAUCUAUAUGAGCCAGUUCGCCAUCGACGCCUGCGACGAGCUAGACGGGGUCAAGGACGGCGUCAUCGCGGACCCCGACAAGUGCGCCUUCGACCCCGCCGACGCCAUUGGCCGGGAGCUCGACUGCGGAACGAUGAAAAUGGCCAUGUCGGCGGAGAUGGCCGAGAUCGCGCGAGAGAUCUGGCGGGGCCCGCACGGCGCGAACGGCAAGCCUCUGUGGCUGGCCAAGGGGUAUCCCGUGGGCGCGCCGUUCACGGGCCGCUUCGGGCUGGGCAACACCAACUGCAGCGUGCCGGGGAGAGGGUGCGUGGGGCGCCCGUUCCCGAUGGCGGCGGAGUGGAUCCGCAACUUCGUGCGCAAGGACCGGGGCUACGAGGUGACGGAGAUGAGCAUCGGGGACCUCGAGGCGGCGUUCGCAACCAGCCGCAGGGAGUACGACGCCAUCAUGGGGGCUGACGACGCGGACCUAUCGGAGUUUCAGCGGCUGGGCGGCAAGAUGAUCAGCUGGCACGGUCUCUGGGACGAGUGCGUGACGAUGCGGUCGACGCGGAACUACUACGACCGGGUGCUCGCGGGGGACGCCGGGGCGGCCGGGUACUACCGGCACUUCGAAGCGCCCGGGGUAUUCCACUGCUAUGGGCUCAACGGCAGUUACUACCCGCUCAGGGGGCUCGAGACGCUGCGGUCGUGGGUGGAGGAGGGCAAGGCACCAGCGGUGCUGGACGGGUUCAAGCUCAACGGGGGCAACGAGAGCGAGGCGCCGACGAGGCCGCUCUGCGCGUACCCGUCGGCAAUUAGGUUCGACGGUGGCGAUAAAGAUGACAGGGAGUCGUGGAGCUGCGUAAAGACAACGGAAGAGGGUGAAUGGGAGCGAGACGAGCUAUAG